CUGACACUAGUGCUUCCUUUUAGCCAUUUUCAGCAAAAACACUAGCAGGCUCCAAGUUUCCCACAGCUCUUUCAGGCAAAUUUUCAUCUGCCUUGAGAAUUCAUUCAACAAAGAGGCAACCAUUUCCCUCGUCCAUUUUCUCUCUGUGACAGUUCCUUUCUCUCUUCUCCUAUUCUUCAACCCACCAAAGAAACAACCAGUGCUUCUCCUUCCAAAAAAAAAAAACACUCCAACUAUGACGUAUUUUCUGAAACAGCUCACUGAAGACUCCAUCACACAUAAAAGACUGCUAAUUCCUGCGGAGUUUGUGAAGAAAUGUGGGAGAGAAAAUCUGACAAACCCACUAGUGGUAGAGCCAACCGUUGGUGAUCCAAGGGAGAGGGAGCUGGAGCUCUACGAAGAUGGUGGCGUGCUUUGGCUGAGGAAUGGCUGGCAGGAGUUUGUGGAUCACUACAAACUCACCCAUGGAUGUUUUCUACUGUUUGAGUACAAGAGCUAUUCGAGGUUCAAGCUUUUGAUGCUUGGUGCAAAUGGGCUGGAGUUGGAGCUUCCAGUUUCCGGUUUUGUCAAUGUUGGAUUGAAUGGGAGCCAGGAGUUUCCAGAGGCUGAAGAGGAAGAGAGUGUCGAUGCUAAUUCUGUGGAGAUCUUAGGCUCAUCAGUAGUUAAGGAGAUGAACAACAAUGUUGAAGGUGGCGGAAGGCAGCCAGCUCAGCCGCGUUGUGCAGAGAAUGCCAAGCAAAAUGGGGUCAUGAGUGCUAGGAAGAGGAAAACAGCUGAUGAUGGAGAGUGGAGGAAAGCGAACCAGGAAGGUCCAAGGGCAAAUAGAGCUAAUGGAAGCCCCUUUAGAAGGGAUAAGGCUGAGAGCUCUCGUAUUCCUUCCAUGACUGAGCAUGAAGAUGAGCCAGCUUUCUCUAGGAGACCUUCAAACGCAAAGCCUGGCGGACCUACAACUACUGUAGAUGAAGAUUAUGCAAGACUCCUAAGGUUAUCUAUGAUGAAGGACAUGAAUCACAACAAUAAUGAAGGCAGUGGAGGACAGCAGUGUUUGGUCGAGAAUGCCAAGCACAAAGAGUUCAUGAGAUCCAGUGGCAGCAAAAAGAGAAGAACAACUGAGGGUGCAGAGCAAAUGAGAGUGAAUAGGGGAGCUACAAGGAGAAACGGAGGUAACGGUAGCCCCUCAAAGUGUGGCAGAACUACCACAACGGAUGAAGCUGCAGAUGAGUUGACUUCACAGCCAGAUUUCUGCCAAGUCACUAUCCCGAAAAGUUUCACGAAAGGAGGUAGCCUGUGGAUUCAGCGAGAGUUUAUUCAGAGGCACAUCACAAAUUGGAGUGGGAAAAUGGUGGAGCUUCAGGUAGGAGAAGAAAAAUGGCAUGUGAAAAUCAUCCAAAAAGCCGGUGGUUGCCCUUAUCUAUCCAAAGGCUGGCCAGCAUUUGCACGUGACAACUCUCUGAAAGCAGAGGACACUCUUAUAUUUGUGCCUACUACCACUGCAGAUAUGCUCAGCGUUCACAUUUUGCGUUGUUCUUAGCCGAUUACUGCUUGUUAGCUUAGCCGAGAAGUUGGAAUUUCAGUUUAGGUAGCUUUUGAGAAUGGUUGUCAUGGUUGGUAGGUAGUUAAGGGACUCAGUUAAGUUUCUGAUCAUGUUGCUAGUCCUCUGUUGGAUGCUAUCAGCUUACGUUGUGCUGUCAACUUAUGUUAAUGAGUUUCUCAUAUGUCACAGUAAACAGUCGGGGAGUGAUUCUCACAAAAGGUGAUGUUGAUUUUACUAGGCCCAUCUAGUCCGUGUUCUUGAAAUUCAUCUGAAAUCUGUUCCUUCAGAAAGAAUCUGUUGUGCUAAUAGCCAUUACUAAAUGCUGAGGUAGAACAUCUAGUUUGUGUGUAUGGUUUACAAGUAAAAUUUGCAGUACGGAUGAGAAGAAACUAAACAGCACCUGAAAGAAUCGUGAACUGCUUUUGUUGUCGAUGACGGUGAGAUAACUUUCAGCCAUCUUGCACUUGAACUCAAAGCUGUGUAUGUAGUAAUUAACAUUCUCGAAUGACAGUGACUUUCAGCAAGACAUUAGUCCACCUUGGAACGCACUCAAAGAUGCAAAUGUCUCCUUGUUUCAGCAGGUUACCCUCUGCAAAUUCAGGCCAGCCCUCACAGAAGUAUACAUACUUGUCCUUCAUGUACCUACAUAGUGCCAUUGUCCAAGUUUUAUCCGCGACCUGAAGUUGACUUCUCGUCUUCCCCAGUGUGCCUAACUGAAAAGCCAACGGGUACAUACUGCAAAUUCGAAGACCAUGAGCAGUUCAUGUUAUAUUGCAUUCUAGAGUUCAGAAAGCUAACACAUUCUGAAAGCAGCCAUUCUCAUCAGACUACUGCUUCACAAUCCCCUUUAUUCUUGGUGAAAAAAGUUCAGUCGUGCAUACAACAUACCAAUUGCUUCAUUGACAAGGUACUUGAAGUGAUCCAGAAGUCGAAAAAAUGGAUGCAUAUAAUCUCAUUGACUCAUCUAAAUACCCAUUUAUCUGUUGUUCUUACUUCUAACUUAGUCGUGAAUUGGAUAGCAUCAACAAGUCAAUGGAAGUCAAAAGAUCAACUACUAACAAUCUCCUCUGUUUCAGCAGGAAAUGAAAAUGAUCCAUAAUU